AUGAAGCGAACAGCAGACAGCGACCUUGACCCUUCUUCUCCUGCCGAGUCGUCUCCAUCGCCAGCACCAUCCUCUUCUGACUCACCGGUCGCUGGCCCGCCACGUAAGCGGUCCCGCUCUGAGAUUACUCCUGAAGAGCGGAAGGAGGCGCGCGCACAUCGCAAUCGUAUCGCAGCGCAGAACUCGCGCGACCGGCGCAAGGCACAGUUCUCUUACCUUGAGCGCCGCGUUGCUGAACUGGAGGAGGAGAACCGGCAGCUCCGUGCAGGCAUGGGCCUUAUCGGGCUUCGCCACUCCGAGGGAGACAGGACAACUGAAGAGCAACGCGCACGAGAGAGAACGAGGGAGAAGGAGAACGAGGAGCUACGGGAGAGAAUCAAGACGCUUGAAACGGGUUGGGAAGCCGUCCUCAAGGCUCUCGCUGCCUCCGGUCUUCCGCUUAACAGUAUACCCUCCGCUCCAGCAUCGUCCUCUUCCUCCAACACUUCACCAUCAUCGUCAUCUCCCUCGUCAUCACAGCCUAUGACUACUGCGUUUUCAGACCUAGUCCCCACAUCACCCACCUACCCUAUGACACCCACACCGUCGGAUCCCAGCACUCCGCAACUAUCCCACAAUACUGACGAUGAUUCUGUGCCCACUCGCCACCUAGCACGGGUGGCGACCACCGAUGCCCCUCCGGGUGAGCCAGAUUUCUCGUCAGACUUCAACUUCCUCCAACUCCACUUUGGGCCCGACGGUCCUGAUUCCUCAUCCUAUCCCACCUCAAAUAUCCUUUCCGGUGAAGAGCCGCCUUGUUCAGCCAUGGAUGAGGUGGUCAUGGAAGACCUCCUCCGGGAAAUUCUCGCUCCCUCCCCCACCCUGCCAUCGGCCUCUCUUCCUGACAGCACCCUCCCAAACCUUGCCAGUCAGCUGCCGACCACAGGUCCCACCGAAGCCCUACAUAGUUCUCUAUCGGCCAUGUCGACGUCGGCCGCCGGGGCACCGUCGUCGGUGGUGACGCCGACGUUGGAAGCUGUAGGCUGGGAGGAGGCCCAGGUGGAGAUGCAGAGAUUACUGGACAUGCUUCCUAAUGUCCAGUCUGACGCGGGCGCGGAAACGAGUGUGAAUGCGGUGGAUUUCCCGUCCGCGCUCGACCUUGAUGUCGGCGGGUGGGAUUUGGCUGGUGUUCUCGAUGCGCCGCUUGGUCAAGAGGUCGGCGCGUUUUGA